UGAAAAGCCUUUGCAGACCCACCUAGUUGUCAGUACUAUCUACUUCCACAAACAGUAUUUUUAUUUACUCAAUCUGGGUAAAAGUAUACUCCCAGUAGAAUAUAAGUUUCUUGAGGGAAGGAACAGUUUUUCAUUUUGUUUUUGUAUCCCCACCCAGUACCUAGAACAAUGCCUCAUACAUAAUAGUCAUUUCAUAAAUUCUUGUGUAAUUGAAUUGAAUAUAGAAUAAUAUUCUAAACAGACUAGACCAGAUAAGUCAGCUUCACAUGUGAAUUUGCAAUUGCAUAAUGUUUUAAUCACUAUGUGAUUCUCUAUUUCAAGAAUCUAAUCUUGUGAAAAAUCAAUUCUAGUUGAUAAUCCUUCUUAAUACUGUCCAAUAAACAGCAUCUUCAGAUAUAUUAGAAACCUGCCUUCACUCAGUCAUGAGCCAUAAUCUAGACCAGUUCUGGGAAAGGAAAUUUACUUCAAACUGAACACAAAACAUUACCUUUUUCAUUAAAAGUCUGCUACAUUCUCACUGGAUCUGAAUUUCAUGACCUACACAAAGCAGGUUUGGCAAAAGAAUUUCACUGGGGGAUAAGUGGAAAAAAUAAAUAAUAACUACUAAGAACAAAGCACAAUUGCCCAUCUUGUUUCCAAAAUGUAAUUUUUAAAAUUUUAGUUGGUGGGCUGAAGAAGGUUAAAUUAAAAAAAACAAAGCAGGGAAAAACUUAAAUUCUAAACCAAGAUCGUGCUUAUAAUGUUAUCGUCACACUUGGUUUGAACGGGUUAGAGUUAACAACUCUAAAGUCCGGAGCCCUAGGAACUACUUAUCAAAUUUACCUUACUGAAGAAGACGAGGCUGCAUCCUAGCCCAAGAAAAAAGGAGGAAGGGGGAGCAGAGCUUUUGAGGCUUGUAGGAGGAAGGCGUGUAGGAAUAAACAGGAAGAGAUGAGGCAGACUAGGCGGAGUUUGUGGUUUAGAAAUGAACCACUGCAGGGAGGCAGAGCGGGUGCUAAAAUAAAAACCAAGACUAUGGGAGAAAAAACCCUGGUCGUUGAAGUGACAACCGAAGUCCCAGCCCUUAGUCUUGGGUACCGAGACCAGUCCCACGACCGGCCUGGCUAUGUCAGAUCCUGGUUUAGCAUGGUGUUUAAGGCGCUAAGAUCCUUUUCAUACUCUGGACCAAGACUCAGAAGAAAGGUAGUCUCUCUCUAUGAAAGCUUUGUUAGCAAAUCCUUAAAAGAAUGCUUUUUCCCAGCCAUUAUAGAAAAGAUUAUUUUCUUUAAUUUUUGGAAAGCUCCAUUUCUAGUGGAUUUGAAGAAACCAGAAUCUUGGAUUCCACACACUGUUAAUUUCUAUAUUAAACCUGAAAAUGGAAUAUCUUUGGGUGUAUGGCAUAUUGUCCCAAAAAGCAGGGGGAAAGAAGCUAAAGGGAAGGACCGAAGCUGGUACGAGGCAGCUCUUCAAGAUGGCAACCCAAUUAUAGUUUAUCUCCAUGGUAGCGCAGAAAACAGGGCAUCUUGUCACAGAGUUAAGCUUUUGAAGGUGCUGAGUGAAGGUGGAUUCCAUGUUCUGGCUGUUGAUUAUAGAGGAUUUGGGGAUUCUACAGGUAAACCCACAGAAGAGAGCCUGACCAAAGAUGCCAUUUAUCUUUAUGAUUGGACCAAAGCACGGAGUGGAACUACACCUGUUUGUCUCUGGGGUCAUUCUCUAGGAACAGGAGUUGCAACAAAUGCUGCAAAAACAUUGGAAGAAAGAGGAUUCCCAGUGGAUGCAAUUGUCCUAGAAGCUCCAUUUACCAACAUUCGUGAUGCAGCUAUCAACUAUCCCUUAUUAAAGGUGUACCAUAAAAUUCCAGGAUUUGUACGUUUGUUUCUGGAUGCACUGACAGUAGACAAAAUUGUCUUUCCUAAUGAUGAAAAUGUUAAGUUCUUAUCCUCACCUCUUCUAAUCUUACAUGCAAAAGAUGAUAAGACUGUACCUAUAGAAAGAGGCCAAAAGGUAUAUGAAAUUGCCCAUAAUGCAUACAAAAAUAAAAAUAGAGUUAAGAUGAUUAUUUUUCCACCUGGUUUCCAACAUAAUUUUAUAUGCAAAAAUCCUAGAUUGGCAAUGAUUGUAAGAGAUUUCCUGAGUGAGCAAUGGUCAUGAAUAAAGAGAGUAAAUUCUGCUAUGAAGAAGAUAGUCAAGAUUUGCAAAUUCUCUGCAUAAUAAAAAUACACAGUUUAUGUAGA